UUCAGUCAGUACGUCCCGCGCGUCACUCGGGUUUCAAUCCGUCUCUUGAAAUCCAGUCGUUCGUCAUCGAAGCUCGCGAAUCGACUAGACUGUCUCAAAUCUAGUUCUGAGCUCUUAUCACUGGCAACGGCGAGUUGACACCUUUACACGAUCUGAGGAGAUUACCACUUCCUGCUAACUUUCUUUCUCUCCGGUGGCAGAAUGACGGAAGAUCAGACACACUACAAAUUAAUAUACUUCAAUGCUCGAGGCAGGGCUGAACACAUUCGUUAUAUAUUCGCUUACGCCGGUAUCGAUUACAUCGAUGAAAGAAUUCCCAAAGAACGCUGGCCGGAAAUUAAGAAAACUAUGCCUUAUGGAAUGCUACCAGUGCUGGAAGUCGACGGAAAACUGAUAUCGCAAAGUAAUGCGGUAGCCCGGUAUUUGUCACGCAAACAUGGACUCACUGGCAAAGAUGAGUGGGAGGCUAUGUUGUGCGAUGUACUCGUCGACACCCUCGGGGAUCUUAAACAGGAGCUAUUCCAAUACAGGACGGAGGAAGACAUGUUUAAGAAAGAAGACAAAAAAGUGAAGCUGAUGAAAGAAACUAUUCCUUUUUACCUAAACAAAUUCGAGAAAACAAUUGCCGAAAAUAAUGGAUUCGCUGUGGGCUCAAAUACUACCUGGACAGACUUCGUAUUCGCAGUGGCUCUUGAAAAUUUCGAACACAUUUUUGGAAGUUCAGCCCUAGAAAACUACCCGGCGCUUCGCACUUUGAAACAGCGUGUUCACGAGAUACCUGCAAUUAUGACCUGGCUAGCGAAAAGACCUCAGACGGAAUUCUAAAUUAACUAAAAAAAAUUACUGAAAAAAGAGGUCACCUCAUGAAAUUUCAAGUUCAAAUUUAAUCGACUAGAAAAUGUCGAUUGAUUGUUAUAAAAUAAAAAAAAAAAAUAAUGCAUAUCUGUGAGCGCUUACAGACGAGUUUGCUGGAUUGAAGAGUCUCGAUAAAAAAAAAAAGGACCGGCUUAAGGGACUAAAAAAUGAGCCGCAUCGAAAAACGUGAUUCAUAUUAUAUAUAUAAAUAACUAAUUAAACGUAAUAGUCCAUUUUUUCAACAUCUGAGAUUCAAAAAUCAGAAAAUAUGCAAUCCAUCAAUUGAGUCAACACUCGAUAUACAUUAAAAUAUUCUUCAUUAAUUGAAAAAUAAAGAAAAUAUAUCGAAAACGAAUCAUCACUGAAACUAUUUCAACUCGUCUAAAUAUUGAAAUAUAUAAAAAAAAGUGUGUAAAUCUAUUUAUUCUGUUUAUUAAAUUAUUUUGAGAUU